UUUUUAUAUCCAACCUGGCUGCCCAACAACACCCUCAGGUAAAAGCAGUGGAGCAUAAUGCAUAGAAGAAAUAAUACAGAUGUGCCUUACUUCAUCCUGUUGGGAUUUACAGAUGCUGAAGACAUCCACCUGGUGCUCUUUGUGCUCUUUCUCCUGAUAUACCUGGUCACUGUGCUGGGGAACGCAGGGAUGAUACUGCUCAUCUGCCUGGAUGCCCAGCUUCAUACCCCCAUGUACUUUUUCCUCAGUCACCUGUCUUUCAUUGACUUCAGUUACUCAUCUGUCAUCUCACCUAAAACCUUAGAUAAUUUACUGACCUCCAACAAGAAGAUUUCAUACAUGACUUGCUUCACUCAAAUGUACAUUUUUGUCUUCUUUGUUGCUGCCGAAUGUAUGCUUCUCUCCUGCAUGGCCUAUGAUCGCUAUGUAGCCAUCUGCAAUCCUCUCCACUACCCUGUUGUCAUGUCCACGAGACGCUGCUGGUCCCUUGUCCUCGGGUCCUAUUUGGUAGGUUUCAUAGACUUUUUAGUAACUGCACUUGGCAUGAGGAAACUGGAAUUCUGUAACUCCAAUGUAAUCCAUCAUUUUUUCUGUGACACAUCCCCUAUUAUAGCCCUGUCUUGCACUGAAACCCAGUACACUGAACUCAUGAUAUUCAUUUUCGGUGGCUGCACCCUCAUGGCCUCUCUUAUCACAAUAACAGUGUCCUAUGUAUCCAUUCUCUCUGCUAUUCUGAAAAUUAAUUCCACUUCAGGAAAGAGAAAAGCCUUCUCCACCUGUGCUUCGCAUGUCGUGGCAGUCACCAUCUUUUAUAGCACCAUGAUCUUCAGUUACUUAAGACCAAAUACAUCCUACUCCUUGGGAAGGGAUCAGGUGGCUUCUGUGUUUUACACUAUUGUGACCCCCAUGCUGAAUCCCCUCAUUUAUAGUCUUCGGAACAAAGAAGUGAAAAAUGCUGUCCUUAGACUCCUACAGAAGAGAGACAUCUCCAGGCACUUAAAAUAG